GGUCUGAAUUUUGAAAUAAUGAAUUUCGCAGAUAUUUAUUAUGUAGCUAUAUUUAAAAAAUAUCGUUUUCCAGCUGAAACAAUAGAUCAGAUCACGAUGAACCUGCCUGGGGCAGUCUAUACUCUAUAGCUCUGCCUGGGGGGAAUAUCGUGGUAACAAUUACGUCAUCCGUGGAAAUCAAAUUUGACCUGGCAACGUUGCUUGCAUUGCAGCCGAUUGCAGCGUGACAUUGUUUGUUUGUAUACGUUUGAAAAAAGAGGCUAUUCGUUUUUUCUAAGUCUUUCCUGUUAGCACAUUCUUGCUAGUAAAUUAAAAAUGGAUCGUCCUGGCUUCCUCUCAUUGCCAAACGAAGUUUUGUGCCUCAUUUUCGAUUCCAUCAUCAGUUUAAGUGAUUUGUACAGUGUAACAUUGACUUGUCGUAGAUUCUUAGAAGUUAUUAGAAAGAGCAACAACUUCUGGAAACUGAAACUGAAGGUUAGUGAUACUCUUCAACGAAUGUCUUCAAUUUGCUAUCCCGUUGGUGAAGUUCCCUUGGAAAUUAUGGACAAGCUAGUCAUUGGCCCAAUCCCUGAGAUGGUUGAAGACAUUCUACGAGAAACAAUUUUUCACAAGGAGUUGAAUGAAAACUUGACGAUCAAAUUCUAUGCAAGAAAGAUGCUGCAGCAUGUAAGAGCUAGAAGUCUAGAAAAAAAGUUGUCGGAGUGGAUGUCAUCAGAUUUUCAGCCACUCUUGGAGGGAGCCAUUCUCAUCUCGCAAUAUGGCCAGAUGAUGGAAGAAGAAGAUCUCACUAAUUUGAAGUCAAAAGUUGAGAAAAAUCUGGAACACAUCAUCAACCAAGUGAAUGCUGAACUCAUCGUUGACAAAUCUGAUGUCAACCACAAGGAAAAGAAGAUUCUGGCCUGCAUUCGUCAAGUAAUGUUUGUUAAAAUGGGGUUCCAAAAGCAAAUUUUGGAAAGUGACAGUUCUUUGCACAACUUUUACAUUGACAAGGUACUUGAAAGGAGGACGGGUAAUUUGCUGAUGCUCGCAAUUAUCUAUAAAGAGGUCGCGAAAAGACUUGGGAUUGCCGCCAUUGAAUUUGUCUUCUCAAAUACCGAUGAUGGUCGCCUUCUUCAUCUGAGAUGGAGUGAGAACGAAGAUGAGUUCAUUUGCCUAACUUUAGCUGGUGGUGAUCUCAACUCUCCGGGCAACCCAGCAAAUGUGUACGUGGUCGUUCCUGUCCAGCAAGUGUUUCGGUGGAUAUGCAACAAAUUGAUUGAAUGCAGCCAAAAACAAGACAGAGAACACGACAGAAAGAUUGAUCGAAAACUUGGAAGUGAUUAUGCCAUGCGAUUCCUCUACGUCCUGCGCUCACGAAACUUGAUUCAUUUCCGUCGGUUGGCCUGCGCAAUUUUUCCAUCUGCUGGCACGGCAUUGAAGUAUGCCAAAACCGUCCGAACUUGUCACCCUCUCUGCGGCAUUAACGUUGAAGAAGCCAUUCACUUUCUUCAGUCAAUCGAAGCUUUUGUGCGGUCAAACCCUCAUAGGAGUUCCUUUUUGGAUGAUUGCCUUCGUGGUCAAAUUAAGGCCGGAAAUUUUGUCAAAAAUCAAGAUGUCCACCGUCGGUCUCCUUCAACAAUGUUUGCCGUUGGUCUUGUGGUAAUCUACACAAGUAUGUUCACUGGUGGAAAAGUAGUGGGUGUCAUCGACUCGCGAUUGGAAGGUUGUUUUCACCACGUUUUGUUGGAAGGAGGGGACUCUGAUAUGCUUCCUGAAUAUGAUUUGGAGCUGCAUCCACAAGGCAUGGUCGUCAACCACCCCUUGAUUGGAUUGCAUUUUGAGCGUUUCAAUGGCCGCCGUUACAUCCCCAAUGCGGAAUUGAAGGCCCUUUUCCCAGACGAUGAUGCAUACGCUUCUUCCUUGGUUGGGUAACUUUCUCAAUUUGAUGUAAUGGUAUCGUCGUGUAGCCUACUUACAAAAUUUGUCAUUGAAGAUUCUACUUGUAUUUUCUUCCUGCUUUUUAUAUUUUUCUAAGGUGUAAUAUUCAUGUGUAAAUUUUGCUUGUGUAAAUUAAUGUUCAAUCCAGACAAUGAAGUUUGAUUAAAGAUAAAAAAGCUGAAAGUGAAAUUUGAGCUGGAUUCAUUUUUC